CUCCGUCUCUCACAUUAUUAGGGUAGUUGUUGGAAGAGUUUGCCCGCUAGAUCCGGGCACUCGACCCUCGUUAUUAAAUACUGCCCGUAUUCUGAUACCCAGCCCUACCGGUACGGAUAAGAAGAAACCCGCGCCUAGCUUGAAACGGUUAACGGAGUCACCUUUAUCCUGAACAGGACUCGAGGUGUCUCGGUGCUAUUCAAAUAUCCCCUCUCCUACUUCAAAUGUUGCGGUAUUCCGAAUUCUUCUUGCUUCAGUCAUGGCGCCUGAAGUAUCGUUCACGUCUUUCAAAAACAUCGUCAAUGGCGGUUUCCGUGACGCUAAAGAACAUACGUAUGGACAUAACCCAGCCACUGGCGAACAGCUCUGGGAUGUGCCGGUAGCUACGAAGCAGGAUGUCGAUGAUGCCGUUCAAGCGGCCCGAACGGCUUUCAAAUCGUGGCGAAAAACUACCCUCGCAGAGCGAAAGAAGACUGUUGGAGCUGUGCUUGACGUGUACAAGCGACACUUCCGGGAAUUCGGGGACCUUCUCUUGAAGGAGAACGGAAAACCGACCGUAUUUGCCGAUGGGGAAGCCAAGAUCAUCAUUGACCAAUUCGAGUUUUACCUUGAUUUGAAACUCGAUGACGAAGUGAUAGAGCUCAAAGACAGAACCUGCAUCAAACGAUGGGUACCGGUAGGAGUCGUUGCAGCGAUUCUGCCAUGGAACUUCCCACUUGCGAAUGUUGGUGGAAAGAUGAUUCCGGCACUAUUAGCUGGAAACGCUAUCAUCAUCAAGCCUUCCCCCUUCACGCCUUACUCUGCACUCAAGUUUGUUGAGAUAGCGCAGCAGGUUCUUCCACCCGGGCUUGUCCAAGUCUUGGCUGGGGACGACAGGUUGGGGCCAUGGCUCACACAUCAUCCGGAUGUGGGCAAGAUUGCGUUCACCGGAUCCGUCGCGUCAGGGAAAAAGGUCAUGGAAGCCGCCUCUAAGACCCUGAAACGAGUGAUUCUAGAGCUUGGAGGAAAUGAUGCUUCGAUCGUCUGCCCCGACAUAGACGUUGAUGAAGUAGCUCCCAAGUUAGUGAGAGGAGCAUUCUUUAAUUCCGGACAGGUCUGCGCCACCGUCAAGCGGGUCUACGUCCAUCAAGACAUCUACGAUAAGUUUCUUGCCGCAGCUGUUAAAGCCGUCAACGCAGUCAAGUGGGGAGACCCCUUGGGUGCAGACGUCUUCCUUGGACCCACUCAGAACUCGAUGCAAUUCACAAAAGUGAAAGAUAUCUACGAUGAUGUCAAAGACAAGGGAUACAAAGUAGCAGUCGGAGGAAACAUUGCACCAGGGAACGGCCUAUACGCCGAGCCGUCGCUGAUUGAUAAUCCACCGAACGACGCUAGGAUCGUUACGGAAGAGCAAUUUGCACCCAUGCUCCCUAUUCAAGUUUGGAGUGACGAGGAGGAGGUGAUUGAACGUGCCAAUGACUCAAAGAUGGGUCUAGGUGGGAACGUCUGGUCGAAGGAUGAGACGCGUGCCCGGCGUAUUGCAGAAAGCCUUGAGGCUGGGAGUGUCUUCAUCAAUGGCGUGGAAAUGCUGACUAACCACGCACCGUAUGGCGGCAUCAAAGAGAGCGGAAUCGGCUUAGAGGGUGGACCGGAUGCUAUCAAAGGAUACUGCGAUGUGCAAGUACUUCACACAAACAUCAGGUAAGUUGGCGAAGGUAGCCAGUGUGCAUGAUUUUCAAUUGUACAGACAAUAAAAGCACUCUCAAAUCCUGCAUUCUAAUUCGGCAUCUGUUGAACACGCAAAAGAUGUAUGUAAGAUCUUGUGCAGCCUGCAAAUUUCUUCGGAAAUCUGUGCUAGCCACAAGUACCUUUAGUGAAUUCACGUGAUCUG